CGUAAAUACUCAAUCCGGAGCUGUUGGGGGAAAAGUCGAAGUAAGAGCUAUUGUGCCGCUGCUUGAAUGCUUGAGACGGCUGAGCUUGGAUUAUGGAAAAGGAGACAAUCUCUGUACGGUGAGCUGAUCUACUCGAAUAAAAACUGGAAUUGUUAUUUGCUUCAGAAACACGGGAUCUAACUCUGAAGAGCAAGACUCGAUUUGGGGAGAAGAGUUUAGCCUAUCGAUCGCAAAGAUUCCUCUUCAAGCCAGUUGUCAAUUGGGCUGUUUAGUUUUUACGCAGGUGGGGGGUCCUCAUCAUCGCUGUGUGGAAAUGACCUUUGGAAAACUGCUCCUAAAGCUACACACUGGACAUUGUAGCUGCGUGAGCCUCACAGGACUCUCCAAAGGGCAGCAGGAGCCAUGAGGAUGAAGAGACGGGCGCCAACAGGAAUAUCGAUUAUUACAAUGGACAUCUAGCCAACGAUGACCAUGAGUCCUAGACGCUGACUUUUGUCAUAACUCACCCCCCCCCUUUCUCCCCUCCUCAUCCCUCACCCCAGUUCCCCUCUCACCCACCUACCCCAUCCACCCCCCUUUGCCCACUCCGCCGUAGCCAACUGCAGGGGCAGAGCUUCACCUGACCUUGCUCGCUCACCAUGCUGCGCUUCCUGUCGCUGAAGUUCGGCCGGCUGUACCGCUGUGGCAAGCUGCUGCUGGUAGCGGGCCUGUUCGUGGUGGUGCUGAUGAACACCCAUAGCCUGCUAGCCUCCUUCCAGCGCAACGAGCUGACGGACCGCCGCUUCGUAGGCCUCAACAAGUGCCCCGCCUGCUUCGGCACCAGCUGGUGCCGCAAGUUCAUGAACGGCCAGGUGUCCUUCGAGACCUGGGGCCGCCUGCGCUUCCUGGACUUCUUCAACGUCAAGAACGUGUACUUUGCGCAGUAUGGCGAGCCGCGGGAGGGGACGCGGCGGGUCGUUCUCAAGCGGCUCGGGUCCAACCAGGAGCUGGCCGAGAUCGACCAGAAGAUCUGCAAGCGGGCCACGGGGCGUCCGCGCUGCGACAUCAUCCAGUCGAUGUACAAGACGGAGUUUGCACGCUUAAAUGGUGACGUGCGACUGCUGACGCCGGACGUGGUGGAGGGCUGGUCAGACCUGGUGCACUGCCCCUCGCAGAGGCUGCUGGACCGCGUGGUGAGGCGCUACGCAGAGACCAAGGACUCUGGAAGCUUCCUCCUCAAGAACCUGAAGGACACGGAGAGGAUGCAGCUGCUCAUGACGCUCGCCUUCAACCCAGAGCCCCUGGUGCUGCAGAGUUUCCCGUCAGACGAGGGCUGGCCGUUUGCCAAGUACCUGGGCGCGUGCGGGCGCAUGGUGGCGGUGAACUACGUGGGCGAGGAGCUGUGGAGCUUCUACAACGCGCCGUGGGAGAAGCGCCUCGACCUGGCGCGCCAGCUCAUGGACAUCGCCGAGCAGCUCACCAACAACGACUUCGACUUCGCCCUCUACCUGCUGGACGUCAGCUUCGACAACUUCGCCGUGGGGCCGCGCGACGGGAAGGUCAUCGUGGUCGACGCGGAGAACGUCAUCGUGGCGGAUAAGAGGCUCAUCAGGCAGAAUAAACCAGAGAACUACGACGUCUGGUACGAGAGCCGUGCGGAGGAGUGUGACAACAAGGAGGCCUGCCUGUCCUUCUCCAAGGACAUCCUCUGCAGCCGGGUCACCGUGGACCACAACUACUACGCCGUGUGCCAGAACCUGCUCUCGCGGCACGCCACGUGGCGCGGCACCACGGGCGGGCUCCUGCACGACCCGCCGGCGGACGUCAUCAACGACGGUCGACUGGAGACGCUGCUGGACGAGUGCGCGAAGCCCAGCAAGCAGCUCGGACGCUUCCAGGCUGCCAAGGACCUCCGGGACUUCCUCACGCAACUCAGCACCGCCACUGGCAACGGCCUGAGGUAGUACAUUGAGCACACGGGGGACAAGUGGCCAGGCUGGGCCGGGCCGGGCCAGUCAGGGUCAAGGACAGAGUCAAGGUCAAAGCGGUGUCUGAGGAUGUGACGCACCAUCCCCCGUCCCCUUUUGCACUUUGACCCUCUUUACUGUCCUCAUUCUUUACCUGCCUCAUGGACUGACUGACCAGGUGAGGUUGAAAUGAGAGGACGCAGGAAAGGUGGCGGUUGCAGUGUUUCGCUGCUGUCCGACGUGUUCAAGGUGUCAUGGUGGGACAAAGGCCAGGUGUGAGCCCUCUCAAUGAGGGGGUGUAAUUUAAAGGAACAUGACACCUCCUGUACCUGCACAGGUGGGGCACGUGGGGAGCUCAAGGCUGGCUGGAAGAGCUGGAUGUAAAGGAGAACAGGCCAGAUGGAUGUGUUUGGAAGGUGGAUGCUGGUUGGCCUGUGUUUCAGAUGAGCAGGGGCCGCUCAGCCCUCAACUGCUGACUAACACACAAGCAAACCUGCACAUAAUGAAACACACUUUUCCUGUCUCUCUCUCUCACAUACAUUUGCACACAGACAGAAAAUCAGAAAAACACACACACACACACACACACACACACACACACACACACACACACACACACACACACACACACAUAUACACACGCACACGCACACCUCAGCCAAGGUUGCUGCUGCACUCUUUUUUUGUUGGAGGGAUGUUAAUAUUUGAAACACCCUGGGCUUUGUUAUGGGGAAGGAAGGUGUGCAGCCUGGGUUUGGCUUGACCUCGGUUUUGCAUUCUACCCAUUUGACAGUGCAGUGCAGCGCGGUGCCAUGUAUAUGUGAUGUUGUUUUUUUACGAUUCAUGAAGAAGCCUCCACAUGUCCUGGUGCUGUAAAUGUCAAGGAUACCUACCUAAUGAUGUUUGGCGCACAGCAAGACAGCUCAGAGACUGGAGAGAGUCGCAGGCGUAUGCAAGAAUGGAAAGACACCCGGUGAUUGUACCAAAGAAUCAGGCCAACCGAUUCAUUCAUCCCCCAUUCACAUUUGUGUUAUUUUGGCUUUGUUGUCAAGUUGCGAGUCAAGGGGCCUAUACUACACAGCUGGUUCAGGAGUAGACCAGGUUAAGUUAAGGGGUAAAUCAUCUAAUAGAAGAGCCUGGAGUCCUCAUUUAAGCUGGUUUACUGCUGAACCAACUUUGUAGUAUAGGCCCAUGCUGCAAAGGGAAUCUAUUUAAUUUCCUGUGUUUUUUCAGCCCUCUAUUUCUGUGGUCCCAAAUUGGAUUUUGUUUUUUGCGCUUUACCUCGUCAAACCAUGAACUUGGAGAUUGGAGUGUGACUUCGCACUGCUGUUUUGUUAGUUUUGUCCAUUGAAGCUCAUGUAGACCCUUUUCAAUCAAUGUAUCCCAGAAAGAUUUGUUUAUGUUGGACUAAACAGAGGAGGAGGGGGUGGGAAUCAUAUUUCUUUUAUAUAUGUUAAGCUGAGCUUAAGUCUUUGUGUUUAGUUUGUCGCUGUUUCUGUUGUGUUAUGUGACCCCUAAACCCUGCAUAUUGCACUCCUGUUUUGUUCCAACCAGUUUGUCUGUACAUCUCCCACGGUAUGCCCUAAGGGGUUGUAUGUGAUCUCCUGCUCAUUUUUUCUUAUAUCGUUUUUCUUUUGAGAGUACAGAGGAGUCUGGCUUUACUGUGCCUUUCCUUCAAAAGUGGUGUUUACAACUUGUUGAAAUCCUGAAAUUAUAUAAAAUAUAUAUAUAGCUAUAUGCCAGUCUACACUGUUGUUUGAGGUCUUCAUUUGGUGUGCGUGUGCGUGUGCGUGUGUGUGUGUGUUGGCUGUGUGCAAAGUGAGGAAGUGGUGUG